UUUAAAAAAAAAUCAAAAACUUUCCCUUCUCAUAUGCACCCAAAUGAAUCGAACUAAUAUGGGAAAAUGGACAGGAUCCGAGUCCUUCUUUCUAAUCCGUUUCUUUCACUUCACCCACUAAAAUCAUCGCCUUUUUUAUUUUCGUUUGACUAGUGAAGCAUCGCUUUCGUCCCCCAAUCUAAAACUCUUGAAGCAUCGCUUUCGUCCCCCAAUCGACAACUCUUGAAUGUGACUUGAUAGUGAGAUUUUUUUUCACGUGUUAUUGCCCAGGUCUUCCACAACCGAGAGGCAAAAGGCCUGGCUAGUGGUUCUUUUCUUCUUUUGCUUGCAAACUUAUAACAAUUUUGAGCAAUCCAAAAUGGUCUCAUUAGGGUACUAUGACAUCCUCUUAGCACUACUAUGCUUUGUUUUCCUCUAUGUCUAUUGCACAAACGACGGGCUGCCCCGGAACUGGCCGCUUCUCGGAACGCUGCCGAGUCUCCUCCUCAAUGUCCACAGGAUUCACGUCUGGUGUACCGGUUUUCUCGGCCGGGCCGGGGGUACUUUCCUAAUCAAGGGGCCUUUGUUUUCCAGCAUGGACAUGUUGGCCACAUCCGAUCCAGCCAACGUGCACUACAUAAUGAGCGCGAACUUCUCAAAUUUCCCAAAGGGGCCGCAUUUCCGGGAGAUAUUCAACGUUCUGGGAGACGGGAUUUUCAACGCCGACGCAGAUUCGUGGCGGAACCAGAGGAAACUUGCUCUGCUGCAGAUCGGUCACCGGCGGUUCCACCAGUUCCUGGGGAAAAACAGCAAGAACAAACUGGAGACAGGGCUUGUCCCUAUUCUUGACCAUGUCUCCAAACUAGGCCUGGUGGUGGAUUUGCAAGAUUUGUUUCAAAGGUUUACGUUUGACACCACGUGCUUAUUCGUCACUGGAUACGACCCCGGUUGCCUAUCCGUUGAACUCCCGAAAGUUCCUUUUGCGAAAGCCCUUGAUGAUGCCGAGGAAACAUUAUUGAUUCGCCAUGCCGUGCCCGAAAGCUUUUGGAAGUUACAAAGGUGGCUAGGGGUCGGACAAGAGAAGAAAUUGAGCGAUGCGUGGGCAAUCCUAGAUCAUACCAUCGCCAAAUACAUAUCGAAGAAGAGAGACGAGCUAAGGAAAGGGAUCAAAUCGAACGAAGAAGAUGGGGUGGAUUUAUUGACAUCCUAUUUGAGUGAGGAUGAGAUCAUGGGACUAAAGUGUGAUGACAAAUUCUUGAGAGACACAAUUUUAAAUUUCAUGAUCGCAGGGCGAGACACAACUAGCUCAGCUCUGACAUGGUUUCUUUGGCUUGUUUCGACGCACCCAGUUGUUGAAGCCAAGAUUAGAGAAGAACUCGAAUCAGUCAUACCGGAACAAGAAGGUAACAAAUGGAGAUUAUUCAAUAUAGAAGAGGUAAGCAAGCUAGUUUAUCUGCACAGCGCAAUAUGUGAAUCCCUAAGGCUCUAUCCAUCGGUUCCGUUCCAGCACAAGGAGCCUCUUCAUCCAGACACCCUGCCCAGCGGCCAUCGUGUUCAUCCGAGAAUGAAGGUGCUAUUUUCUCUCUAUGCAAUGGGGAGGAUGGAGUUCGUAUGGGGGGAGGACUGUGCGGAGUUCAAGCCGGAGAGGUGGAUUUCUGAGCGAGGAACGAUCAAACACGAGCCAUCGUACAAGUUCUUGUCGUUCAAUGCAGGGCCGAGGACUUGUCUGGGAAAGGAAGUGGCUUUCACUCAGAUGAAGACGGUGGCCGCGGCUAUAAUCCACAAUUACCGUGUUCGUGUGGUGGAAGGGCACCCUGUAUCCCCUAAUGUUUCCAUAAUUCUCUACAUGAAGCAUGGGUUACUGGUUAAAGUUACCAAAAGGUGGGCCUAGUGUGUACCACCACGUGGUACUUCAGAUCACUUUAUAACAUAUACUUAGUGGUAGAUCCAACAAGAAUGUAUGUUUGUAAAGUAGUCCGAAGUAACACGCGGCGGUACUCCCCGACAAUUAUACUUCAGACUCGGGCUAGUAAUUUGAUGACAACGGAGUGAAGUUGAGAGAAUUGGACGUGGAAAAUCCACCUCACCCGUGAGUGGUUCCCUCGUCAUUCAUCAUCUCUCUUGUAUUGUUUGUCAUCUCCAGUCAUCGCCAGAGUGAUCUUUCCUGGCAAUAUCAGUAGCAAAUGAUGGAAUUUUCUGGACCUUUAAGUUAUCGGUGUGAUAAUUUUUUCUACCCUCCUUAUGUAAACUCUUUUGGAUGUAAAAUUUUCCAUAAACUUUGGGAAGAGGACUAUAUAUGUUGUUUGAGCUGUGAAGAGCAUUAUUUGAACUUGUGGGGUUGUUUAGUGCAUGGACUGUAAUGCAAAAUUGAUCUUUGGAAUCGACUACAUGUUCAGUGAAAA